AACCAGGAGCGAGUCAGGGGAACCAAUUGCCAACCCAAGCGAGAUCCCACGGCUCGAGGAAGGGACAAGAUGGCAGCUGCUAUUUUCGCGGCUCCUGGACUGAUAACUCGACCGUCUGGCCUUAUUUUGUGCUGAGGUGACCCGUGUGAGUGUGUCCGAGUUCCCAUUGGCUCCAUCACCAUGUCGACCCCAGCGUUCGGGUGUCCCUUCUGUUCGGCCAUCUUCGCGGAGGAGGACCGGAUGUUAUGCCACUUCCUGCAGGAGAGCAAAGAUCGCGGAUGUAGCCAGCAGAAGGGCAAGGACUUCAGGGGGCCAGAUGACAAGAACAGCCAGAAGGAGACGGUGCAGGUGGAGGUUGGUGAUGACCCGAGCAAGCCCCAGGUCAUCACUCCACACGGCAAAGUUCCUCCGCUGGGUGACCGAGCCAUCAAGGAGGAGAUCAUUAUUGAGGAGUGCGAGGACGAUGACAUUCCGGAUGAGGAGACGAAGAUGGAGAUGGUGUGUGGGGCCGACUUACCACACAGCGAGGAGGACUUGGGUUGCUCCUUGGCUCGCAGCGCUGGGACCAACAUCCGCGUGCCGCCCAUCAAACGCGCCACCAAGAUCGAGUACAAGAAGAUGGUUGAGGGGCUCGCCGACAUGAAGAGCAUCAACCACAUUCUCCCGGUGUCCCAGAUGCAGUCCACUCUUCAGUACCUCUCCCAGCACUCGGACAUGGUGGUGGAAACGGAUGUGGGCAGCUUCGACUUGCACCGGAUGAGAUACAUGGAUUUCCUCCACCAGCUCCACCUCAACCGCAUUCAGAUCCAGGAGGAGAAUGAGUGGUUUGGGGAGAGGCUAAUGCUGCCUUUCCAGUGCGAGGAGAGCAUCGAUAUGGAGGCCGUUUAUAGAUUCCACGAGCUCAUACAAGACAAUAGCUGCUCCGUUACCGUUGGCCUCCCAUCCUGUACUGCCCUCGUGUCCGAUCUGAUGUCGCUCCCGUGUGACCGCUGGUUCACCGACGGCCUCCUGGACUGCUUUGCUCACCUCGUUCGCCAGUCAGCUGUCUGGCCAACUGAGGUGUUCAACGUCACCGAGCUGGCCGAGGUGAGUGAGGUGUGCGCCGUUUUGGAGGAGCGACACCCAGACCAGUCAGGGCUACAGGUCAUUUUCUUGCUGCAUGUCGGAAAGGCGGAGAACGAAGCCGCUCAGACGCUCCCCAAUGACCGCCUCUACACUGCCAGCCACUUCUCAUUCGCCCUCUUCAGCUUCGACCGUAACGAGGUGGUAUACGCCGACACCCUAGGCUGGAGCGUGCCGGAGCCGCUCUACUUCAUGAUGGACGAGUUCAUCGCCCACUUCGGUCUGUCUGAGCCGACAUUCUCCUGCCUCCAUGACCCUGAGAGCUUCACGGACGGGGAGAGCCACAUGUGCUCCAACAAGUGUGCACGGCUGUACCCGGUGGAGCAGGCAGACUCCGCGUAUGGCCUGGCAGUUGUGGUGGGUUUCUGCCUUGCUGCGGUGGACAAAGAUGCGUUUGGUCUCAUCACGGCGACGGUGCGGGAGAUCGAGCAGCCCAAUAAGCUGGACUACCUGCAGGACAUCACGCAGUACUCCAAGUUCCUGCGUCUGGUUCUCAUCACCUGGCUCAUGCAGGGGGACAUCAACGUGGCCAUGCUGUACCAGGUGCUUGAAGACUCAUCACCUCGCAGAACGCCUCGCUACAGCGCACGCCGACGAAAGAAAAAAGUACCAUUCGGAGCCAGUCCAGAAAACAGCCCUGAGCGAGAGGUGCCCAGCGUCAGCGUGGGUCAUAGCCCUCGCAGCGGCGGUGGGGGGUCACGCGCUACCCAGCCUCCGGAAGAACUCAAUUUUGAAAAUGUGAAUGACCUCCUGACCAAGCCUCCGGAAGUGGGCUACCUCAAGAACUACUCCUCCCUACGCGUCCGCUUCUACCUCAAGAACGGGAAGAUCGUCACCAAGAGGUUCAAGUGCAACGCAACGGGCAAGAAGGACCAGCGCGCCCUCAAGAAGGUUCAGGACUACGUGGACCGGAAGGAUGUCUAUGUCUACCUCAAGCACCAGUCCGGGGUCCUUCCCAAGCACCGGAAGAACUGGCUCAGGAGCAGAAACGAGGCCGUCAACGCCAUCCUCCUGAAGGCGGAACUCGUGACGCAGGGGGCCGGCAGCUUGAGACUCCGCUGCACACUCAAGAACGGCAUCACAAAGUCCAAGAUAUACAACGGGGAGAAGGACGACCCCAAGAUAAGGUCUGAGGUGCUGGAAUUCCUGAGCAGCCGGAUGUGCGAGGAGUGGCUCAAGGAGGAACGGAAGUGGAUAUACGACGAGGAGGUGAACCCGGGUGUGGAGACGAGAACGUACAUCGACACCAUUCCGUUCGACGUCAAGAAGAAGUGCAUCAAGGUGGACAGGCGCGUGAGGCCGGUGAGCGACGCGGGAACCCUCUCCGUGUCCGUCGAGGCUAAUCCAAACUGGGGACGUCUCCAUCGCUACGACGAAACGUAUGUCAUGAAGGAUGAGAAAUUCCGCCCUCGGGACCGCUUCAUCGCAGUGACCAUGAUCCUGCAGUGCGCCUCCUUGACGAGCGAGUGCCGGAGCGACUGUGGCAUCCCGAUCAAGUCCAUCACCACCCACGGGAAGCUCUGCAGCGGGUGUCAGCUAAACCUUGACUCUGGGCGUACGUGCGAGGGAUGCUUCACCACGGACAGCCCUCACUGGUACUCGAAUGAUGUCGCCUCUACCCUCUGCAAUGCCUGUUAUCGCGCGAACGGCCGACGCAAGACCCAGCGACGCAAGGACAAGAUCCACCAUCCUCACCUCAAAUGCAAGUGGAAGCUGAAGUUUGAGCUUGACCAGGACCUUAAGGCUUGGAAGGUGUACAAGGGGGCUACCAACGACUUCUACCACCACUUAGAGCCAGUCGGGGAGCGGAAACGACCCACCUGGACUGAGCGCGACGUGUGGGACAAGGCGCGGAUCCUGUCAAAUGCCACCGCUCAUGAGAUCUAUAACUCCAUGCAGAGGGAGAUGCCGUUGCUCCCCUCCUCGGACCCCAGCAACGCCUCGCAAGCCCUGGGGCAGAUCACGCGCCGCUGUAAGAGCAUCGACAAGAAGUAUCUCCAUCUCGCCAUGAACUGGAGGAAGGACCCAAACCCAACCUGCUCAGACUGGAGGAAGGCUGAAAAGGUACUUGAGACGAAUUUCGAGAACAUCCUGCACUACCAGCGAGGUGAUAAACUCCUCAACCGAGAGUACCGGAUCAUUCUGGCAACUGACGCAAAUCUGUUAGCCCUGCGCGACCUGGGACGGGAGGUCAUCGGGGUCGACUCCAAGGAAGACUUCAUGAACGGGUGCUUCAAGACGCUCUACGUGACGUACUAUGACCAGGCGGGGCAGGAGGAGGUGGCGGUCUCGGCGGUGUGCAAUAAGGAAGCAGAGGACACCUACAUGCUGGUCUUUCAGAUGAUCGCUGCGAAUAUUCCCUGCAGAGACCCAGCCUGCAAACAUCCCAAAGUCCUCCACAUCUACAAUGACGAAAAUGGGUUCUUCUGGACGCGGCCGUGCUCCUCCAAGGUCGAACUCCAGCCGUUGGUGCAGCACGAGAACAAGAACGAGUUGAGGAACGCCGUCACGUACAUGCUGUGGUUCUCAUCCCUGUACAACUUCAACACCCUGGAGACCGUCAGGGCACAGAUCUGCUCCCUGGAGAGCAUGCACAUGUACCUGGCCCCCAUAGAGCUGGGCUUCAAGUGCGUCCUCAUGGCCUGGAACAAUGAGAUGAGGAAGAGGCUCGAGCACAGCUACAAGGAGUUUAUAAUGAACUGUAUCCCGGAUCCACUGAUCAGUCACGCCAACAAGGAGGGAUUUAAUUUCUUCCUCAACAAAUUGUGGUUCGACACGCCGUGGAGCGACUCGUACACGUGCCAGGUGGUGUUUAGGGUGCCGAGUGCCUACCGGAAGAACGGGUUGUUGUCCAUCGAGCACCUGCCGGAGAGGAAGGUGAGGGAGGCGGACGAGCCGGACACCAGCGCCAGGAACAAGAGGAUGUCACACUACGUCGUCAAGAUGCUCAACAAGGUCCUGCACCGCGGCAUCUUCCAGGACGAACACACUGGUGAUGCCAAGGGUGGCUUCGACGACCGCAAGGACCGGGAGAUCCUGGCCAUCGAGAAAGCCCUGAGACUAUCCGAGGUGGGUGGCGUGGUGUGUCACCCCGGCUGGGAGGAGCACGGCUUUGUCUCGGUGGCGGUGGAGCAGUCCGAUGACCUCGAUGUGGACUUGGAUGAGGAGGAGGUGCCCAUCUUGACCAACCCGGCGCACACGAAGAAGCUGUUACAGAUGCAGAUGGAAGAGGCGAGUGGGGAUGUGACAGCCCGAACCAACACACAGAACACACACCUGAAGACACUCGCUCUCGACCUCUACCGGCAGGAGAUCUUGCGGUACGUCCCCCCGCGUGUGAGGUCUAGCGUGACAACCAACGAGCACAUCUGUAACGUCCACCUGCGGUCCUGCACAUGCUACACCUUCAUCGACCGCGGCCAGAUGGAGCUCUGCAAACACCUCUUCGCGGCACUCAUCACCACACGCCAGCUGGUGGACUUAGAGGGCGUGCUGGCGGAGGCUGCUCGCUGGUGCCCCAAGAUCCCUGUACCCCUCAAAACCUACGUCAACUUCAACAGGACCAUAACACUGCCCGGGUACAUGGCCAACAAGGUGGAGUGCUUGCAGGAUGUGUCGCGUGUGGCCACCGAGCAGGACCUUGAGCUGGCCAGACAAGGGCAGAUCCUACGAGUCCUCCAUGAAGCCACCUCCCCCUCGUCCUCCUCCAAGAAUGGCACCUUCCAGGCCCAGGACGGUUCAGUCGUGGUGCGGAAAUACGCCGUCACAGACCUUGCUGACCCCUACUGCCCAAACAUUGACUUCCCUAAGAGCCUGCGGGGACGGCGGAGCGGAAAGGCCAACAAGAAGGGGCUCAAGCGCUCCCUGGAGACGGACGCGGCCACGGAGGCGGUUCAGGAGGAGACCAAGAAGAUGCGCGUCGGGAGCGGCGAGAGCGAGUGUCAGGAGUUUGGGGAGAACAAUGUCUUCUAUGUCACCCUCCCAGAUGACACGGCAGAGGAGCUGCAGGAGGUGUCAGGGUCGGAGGAGUCCCGGGAGGUGCGUGAGGGUGACGCCAGCAUGUACCACGCCAAAGGGUUUCCUUCCAUAGUGUGUGGGCGGUGCCUGGACGAGAACAAAGGUAGCCCACAGUUGUGUUACUCACCCGGGGAGCUGCAGAGUCACAUAGAAAAGGAACACCCGGAUAAAACACUCGUGUGUGCCUUCUGCUACUUCAACAAUGUGUCCGUGCGGUGUGGCAGCGUCAAGGAGUUCAAUGACCACUUAAUGCAGGAACACUAGCAGCUUGCAGGGACUCAGUUGUAGGAUGUUUGUAAGUGUGUGGAGUCUGGACGAUGGCGGUGUGUGCAGCCAACAAGGGACAGUUUUCAGGCCUACAGUUGGCAGUAAGUUGUGUUUACUUUCCUGCCCCGUGAGAGUGAAGUGAUGUCUGGCCUGUCAGUGUCAUGCUCAUCAGUUAAUAAUGUGAGGAUGUCUUGUGUCACAAAGCACAUAAACACACAGAUGCAACAGCAGCAGCCCGUUCUACGACACGCACCAGGCUCAGGACACUUUACACGUAUUGUCCCGGACUUGUGAAGUUCAAAGAAAAAAAGAUGCAAAGUUCGCCAAAUUUUCCUUCCUGUGACAUCUGAGUUGUUUGUCUCGGCCACCGAGAAGUACAAUGCAUUUGUGCCGUUAUGUUAAUUUUUUAAUAGUGUGUACAUUAACGUACAAUUUAAUUUGUACAUUUCCUUGACAAAAAUUAAACAAAUAAAAGCCCUCAAUGACUGUAAGACAUGUAAGUGGAGCACAGGGAUAAGGGCAUUGAAUGGGCAGUGCUCAGUGUGACUUUCCUUACAUUUAGUACUUGAGGUGGAAGGGAAAAGUAGAGGAAGGACUGCAAGCCAUGUGUGUAGAGUGUAGAAGGAGCGACCCGCCUUUUGUUCAGUUUUGGGCAAAACAUGUUUUAAACCAACCACCACUCUGCACACCCCACACCAGCCAACCGACUGAUAAAUCAUGCAAUAUUGGACCUAUGAAUCACUCGCUCUUAGGUCACUUUUUCCUUGACGUGCUUCACCCCACGACUGAGCAAGAUUUCAAUGCUGCCAGUGUUGCCACCAAAAACAGAAACCACAUUAAAUUAUUUGGUCACUCAUUUUACGCUAAACGCCUCAUGUUAUCAAAGUUCAUGGUGAGUGGAAGUCCUUGUAUUAGCCUUGUCUUGCUUGUGAUUGAUUAAGGAAAGAGAAAGAAAGUGGGGCAGGUUCUGGUAUUGAGUUUCGUGACAUUUUUUUAUGGAAGAUUUCAACCUACCCUGUAUAUGUAAAUUUGUGUACAUAUAUUGAUAAAGUAUUUCUGUAGUA